GUCUGACAGUCCAGUAUUCCACCCAGUCUUCCAGUAUUCUACUAUUUGUUGUUACGCCCCCCACGUUCUGCCACACAAGGUGACAAGGUCUCAGCCAGUCCUGCUAGUCUGCCAGCAAUUAUUGAUUCUCAUUGACACACCAAGAGUGUGCAGUGCGAAACAGUGCCUCUUCAGCUACACAGUAGCAACACGACCUUGGAACCUGGGGUCUUGCCGAGAGAGACACACACACCCACACGCACGAGGCAGGGGACGAACCAGACUGCCAGAAGGGCAAGAGCCACUCACACCUACAGUACAACUGCCACCGCGCGCUCUCUUUCCCUUGUCUGUUCUUGCCCACAUAUCUGAGACAUCUCUGGCAAUUUCAAAGACAACCUCGAUCCUCUCUGGCUGUCUGGUUUCCCUCAACUCGGUCCACUACUGUCUAGACUAGUGCAUGGUUGCAGCUCCCCAGCUCCCAGCUCCCAGCUGUGCUUCCUUCCUUCCUGCUCACCUCACCGCCCCCAUCACCAACCCGCACGACAGGAGCUUGGGUUCGUUCGUUCGUUCGUUCGUUCGUUCAUUCGUUUGUUGGACCGUCUGGUCGCGCUUGCGUCCCGCCAUCCGAUCUCACCCAACCUAUCUAACCCGUCCUGGCUGGUCCUGGCCCUGUCACAACUUAGCACACCCGCCACAGCUCGCCGUCACAUUCAGCUCGUCUCUCGCAAAUCUCAAUCGUCACUGGCCUCAACUCGCCAAUCUCGUUUUGCUGUGUACUCGCACCAACCCGCCACACCUGUGCAUACAAUGCCAGCCUGACCAGCUGACCAGGCGGCUCACCAUCUCACCAUCUCACAAUCGGGGUCCACUGAACCAAAUCUGCCUCCGAUACAACAAUAAAACAGUGACGAGAUCCACUUUUCGGCACCGGCACCCGGGUCUGGAGAUACUCCCCGCCCCCGUCCAGCUUUCCCUCCAGCCACACGGACUGUAUCCACCCGGUCGGCUCUUAUCACAAUCCCGCUGCUCUGCUACUACUACUGCUGCUGCUACACACAUCUUCGUAACCAACACCAUCUACCAAUUGCUGCCUCACGAGUCACGGACCCAGCAGGGCGUGGCGUGGCUGGCCAGGGCACAGCGCGCGCAGAUACAGCCCAAGGCAGCCAUUUCAACAGGGGCCAGGAGCAAGGGCCCAGCGCAGCGCCCAGGGGACCUCAAAUAAACCCACACGAGGGUUCUCUCUUGGUGGUGCUGUGCUGUCAGGCUGUGUCGUAUUCCACAUCCCACGUCCCUCGCCGUCCCGCAAAUAACGCCGCCUCCCGGACAGGCAUGAUCCCGUCCCCUGCUGCCUUGAUCUUGCCUGCUGGCUGCUUGUGAGACCCAAGGCCCUUCCAACGAUUCCUGUUGGUCGCUUGGUCACUCCUGGCGUGGCGUCCCUGAUUCCCCGUCUGCUGUGCCGUCAUCAUGGAGCCUCCCGCGGCUCAAACUCCGCGUCGAGACCGCCGGCGGCCUUCGUUCCACUCUCCAAACAGCUCUCGCACCGUCUCGCGCUCAAGUACUCGCCCCCCGUCUGCGCGCAUGCCUUCCCACAACAUGAGCGAUUCCGCCUCCAACAUCACCCCCUCGCCUGGCCAGAGAUACGCCCAGCCCGUUGGUUCUCGUUUCCCACAGCGUAGAGGCUCCAUGGGCUCCAACGUGGAUCGGCCUCCUACCCCGGUGUCCAAGGGCUCUAUCAGGGGCUCACAGUCGAGCACCCACCAGGAGCCUGCAUCCGCCCUGCUGCAAGAGAAACUGCAGCACCAGCGGAGAUCAGAAAUCCAACGCAACCUGAACAGGCUGGCCGAUGAGAUGGGCACAGCCGACAAUGCACAGCCGGCCGCGUCAACCCCGGUGCGGUGUGCCACCGCCGACGGCAAACGGCCGGCAUCCAGCGAAGCAAGUGACGAUGUCGGGAAGAAUAGGGGCCCCGCCCUCAAGGAAAUGGAAAAGGCAAUGUCAAACCUGCAUAAGAUCAACUUUGAUCUCAAGCUCGAGUUGUUCCAUCGCCGGGAGCGGCAGGCCGUCUUGGACAAACAGGUCGAGGUACUGGAGGCAGAGAAGUCACGACUUCAGGACAGCAACGACGGACUGAUGCUUGAGAUUGAAAAGCGGGACAAGGCGGUCGAAGAAGCUGUUCACAUGAUAGUCGGCUUCGAAGCUCGCAUAGAACUUCUGUUGCGCGAAAGGGAGAUGCUGAAGCAGCUCGAGGCCGACAAGGCCCUCUUCUCUAAGCUGACGGCGGCGCAGUCCAUCUCCGGACUCGACGGCGCUGGCACGACGAACACACUAGAUGCUGUGUCAACUGAUCACCGAAAAGGCCUCGCACGGAUGCCCAGUUUCCUCUCAGAGCGCACCGAUAACACCGAAAACCUCCGCAACGUCUAUCUGGGAGCACAAGGGAGCCUUCUCAGCUUGUCCAAGACAGACCCGAGGGCGGAUCAUGUUGGGACCGGCAGCCCAAAUAUGAGCGUCUUGAGUGAGAGCUCAUUCCGUAGUAUUUACGGAACGCAGCCUGCACCACGCGACCACUCCCCUCCCCAGGCUGAGGUCGAGUCUCAGCUUGAUGAUCCCGCCGGCAGAGGUGUCGGCCGGAGUCUGUCUAUGUCGAUGCACGAUGUUACCCCCACCAGGCCAAGCGCGAAGGAAGCCAUCGAGAAGGGAGAGACCACCUCGCCAUUGCGGAGGCUCGAGAGGCUCGACUCCUCGCCUGUCAUACAGGAGAGCUCGGAGACAACGCCUCUGGGCAGGGACAUUGACCGGCCGGCUACGUCCAUCAAGCUAGCCAAACCACAACCCCUCCUUCGCGUCAGAAAACCCAGGGAGAAGCCAGCGCCGACUCGCAGGGUCAUUACGGAUAUACCUGCAACUCGUGUGCACGCAUUGCCUCCGACCCCCGACACCAUGUCAAGCUCGAUGAACCAGAGUCUUUGCUCUGACGACACCACGAGGCACGGCCGAGAUGAUCGGGAAGCGACCUACCCCGUGACGUCCCGAGCAACCCUGGAUCAGACGGAUGAGAUCGAGCCAGGGCACUGGCGAUUCAAGGGUGGCGGUGCUGCUCAGCCGCCAUCGGUUACAGCAUUCACGGGCCGGAAAGACUACUUGUCCACCAACUAUCCCGACAUAUCGCUGGGCCUCCCGAGGCGCCCCCGAUCGGCCGACGAAACCACGAUAUCUCGUCAUAAGCUUGACUGGGAUUCGGGAAGUGAGUUCGAUGAUGCCGCUUCGGAGGUUUCCAGCUUCGAUCAUUUCAUGCGAGAAGGUCUUCGACCUAGCCAUGCCGGCCAACCUCACAUGCUGAAUAGAGCGGCAGCAUCCCACAGAUACGCCAGUGGAGGCGCGCCCGAUCUAUUCGGAUUCCCGUCUGACUCCAAAGGCUGGCAGUCGAACCAUAUGUUCGGGGCUCUGAAUGGGAAUGGCUAUUACGGCACAGCAGCUCCGCUUGCGUCGGCGUUGGACAACAUGGGGGCCUCUUUGCCGGCACCAGAGAUUGGAACCUAUGGUUCAGGACUUGCCGGAGCAAGCUCUCCUCGACCAACUGGCAACGGGGUUGCGCCGCCCCCGGCACCUAAUCGGAAGUCUAGCCUACGAGCCCGAACAUCAGCACCUGGAACUCCGAUGACCACGCGCCCGCCAAGACCCUUUGGACGACAUGGCGAGACUGAUUCGAGCAGGAAGAGCUCGUUGACUGGCCACACACAGACGGCUUCUAAUUCCCGCAGCAUCACGCCGACCCCGCCGGAUCGGCCCCCAGCGCAGUCUCAAGAAGAUGCUUCGGCCACGAAGCGCCACUACCCGCCGACCGCAAGCCAACAGCAGCAGGCCGCGUCCCGCCCUCGCAGCAGAGGCAUCACCAGUCUAUUCCGACGUUCUCUUGGUUCCAGCCAUCCCCAGCCCUCGGCAUCGGUGCCCAACAACCAGUCACCCUUCCCUCCCCCGGCAAAGGCCGAGCCCCCGCCAGCACCUGUCGGGGUCCCGGCUUGGGAGUGGAGAAAUGAGCGGGGAGACGAAGAGAUGUCAGCCACUCCUCCGCCAAUCAUGCGCAAGCGGGCACCUGUACAUGACGUGGGCUUCGGGGACAAUACCGAAGCACAAGGUGCCACUGGGCCAGCAAGGGCCGCAAAGCCUCAUCCUCUCCGGUCCUCGAGCCCAGGCCUGGGCGCUGGCCUGAGCAACGUCUUGGCCACACAUGACGGCGGUGCUCCUUUGACUUCGAAUAGUGGGCACGACCAGGAAGGCGCUCCCACUUCGGCGUCCACCUCGGGCCAUGGCAGCGGACAUGGUCACGGACACGGGCAUGGCCACGGGAGGAAGUGGUUCGGACUGCGGGCCACAAGCUCCAAGCACAGUGGGACAUAGUGGUCCCGUGCGGAGGCAGCCCUUGAUUUCUCGUACCAAAAUUACCCGCAUUAUGAUCUCUAGGUUCGGUGAAACAUUGUUCUGUGUUUUUACAUUGGGCUGGAGUAAUGACACGACCUAUAGAACAGGCCGGAUUACCUGGACCUCAGCAGUGCUUUGGGGCCAGUAGGGUUGAUUUCCUUUGUUAGCGAAUCACACACCAAACAGUGGGCUGAGUAGUUGGAGUACCCUGGAACAGCAUAUCAUCUGGUGUAGAACGAAAAGUUCCGGGUUUGGUUGACUGCAUGUGUUCGGAAAUUGCAACAUCGUUUGGGUUGUGGGAUGUAGUGACUAGGCUCAGGACAUAACUUGGGUAUCAUAAGAAGACAUGUCCACCACCAGAGCAUUCAAGUUGGCGAGUGGAUCAAAAGUCGUUUACGCCCAUCAUACAAUGGUGUGAUUCGAUCUAUCCCUUCCGGCAUUUUACGUCACCUUGGGAGUGGUGAAACUGGUGUCAACGAUAGGCGUAGAUGUUAACUAACACCAUACACCGACAAAUGUCUAUCCAGAACUUGAACGACAGGAAAACGAGUGUAUCUCUAUCGGUCCACCCAUAACUCCUGAUGAAAUCGCUGCUGACCAGAGCUAUGUGCGAUCGAACCCUCACUCGCCAAGCACGCCCAACGCCGUGAACACCUCGUCUGCCGUCCGUCUCUGCCCACCGCCCGCCGCCCGCCCGUUCCCAUCUACCGCCUUCCACCAUCGCAUCGUGAACCAGCACGAAAGGCAAAAAAAGGAAACAAAACCCCCGACUCAUGGAGAACCUGUGAGGCAGGUAUCUGUUCACCCUGCCCGCCCUUGCCUUCUCAUCAAACUAGCUACCAACCAACCAACCCGCUAAGCAGAAAACCCCACAGCUCGCCUCCUAACCGCCACCCGCCGCCUACUUAUCACCCUGGCCACACAGGACACAUUCGCAAUCAUCGAAGUCGUCGGGCGUGUCCGGCCCUUGCGCCCCCUUCUCGAGGGGCGAGUCGCCGGGCGGGUACGACAUGAUCACUUUAGUUCCUUCAUCAUCGUAGACUUGGGUGACGUUGACGUUGCCGCUGCGCCUGUCCCUGCACUUGCUGUCGAUUGAAGCGCUUGGCGGGUGCUGGUGAUGCUCCUGCGUCCUCGCUCACGGGCUGGUGACCUCGGUGGUGGUGUCUGGGAUGUUGUUGAGGGUGUCGGGGACGACAUCGGUGUUGUCUGGGGUGAUUUCGGUGGUGUCUGGGAGGAUAUCGGGCGGCGGGAUGAGUUCCACCAGCGGGUCGAGGUUGAUCUCCUUUUGUUCGGGCUCGGACUUUGGCUUGUCCUCAGGCUUGGGCUUG